AUGUUUGGUGAUACUGUCAUCCAGUAUAUUGUGCCUAGAGGCGGCGCCAUGUUCGGCGGUACUGUCAUCCAGUAUAUUGUGCCUAGGGGCGGUGCCAUGUUUGGUGAUACUGCCAUCCAGUAUAUUGUGCCUAGAGGCGGCGCCAUGUUCGGCGUUACUGUCAUCCAGUAUAUUGUGCCUAGGGGCGGCGCCAUGUUCGGCGGUACUGUCAUCCAAUAUAGUGUGCCUAGGGGCGGCGCCAUGUUCAGCGGUACUGUCAUCCAGUAUAUUGUGCCUAGGGGCGGCGCCAUGUUCGGCGGUAUUGUCAUCCAGUAUAUUGUGCCUAGGGGCGGCGCCAUAUUCGGCGGUACUGUCAUCCAGUAUAUUGUGCCUAGGGGCGGCGCCAUAUUCGGCGGUACUGUCAUCCAGUAUAUUGUGCCUAGGGGCGGUGCCAUGUUUGGUGAUACUGCCAUCCAGUAUAUUGUACCUAGAGGCGACGCCAUGUUCGGCGGUACUGUCAUCCAGUAUAUUGUGCCUAGGGGCGGUGCCAUGUUUGGUGAUACUGUCAUCCAGUAUAUUGUGCCUAGGGGCGGCGCCAUGUUCGGCGGUACUGUCAUCCAGUAUAUUGUGCCUAGGGGCGGUGCCAUGUUCGGCGGUACUGUCAUCCAGUAUAUUGUGCCUAGGGGCGGUGCCAUGUUUGGUGAUACUGCCAUCCAGUAUAUUGUGCCUAGAGGUGGCGCCAUGUUUGGUGUACGAAACCAAAGCUCGUCAGAUGAACACAGAUAA